AUGAAGCUCCAUUUGGCUUCGUAUCUGGUAUUUGCGCUUGCAACCUUUGAGGCGGUUGGAGCGUCCAGCUGGUUCAGCAAGGCUGUUUACAACAAAUGGCAUGAGACUGAGUUAGAAAGAUGGCUCUCCGAUCAUGACAUCCCGUACCCAUCGCCGGCCGAUCGCAAGGAUCUCGAGUCCCUAGUGAAGUCCAACUGGGAAGCUAAAGUCCAGAAGCCCCUGGCACAUGUUACACAGCACUCUCAUGAUCACUGGCAUGAUGCCAAGGAAUGGCUCUUUGACACGUGGUCCGACUCCCAGUUGAAGGCGUUCCUUGAUCGUCAUGGUGUUCCUGCCCCCCAGCCUCGCAAGCGUGAUACUCUUUUGAAAACUGCUCGCGAAAACUAUGAGUCUAUUGCCACGAAGCUUGGAGAGGCUGUCGCCUAUCCUGGUAACUGGGUAUACGAGCAAUGGACUGAGUCUGACCUAAAGGAAUGGCUUGAUGAGCGUGGCUGGCCGGUUCCACAGCCCACCACGCGCGACAGGCUUAUUGCAUCGGUUCGUCGUAAUGCUCGACUGGCCAGUUUGAACGCGAAGAGCAUCGCUGCCUCUGCCUCUGCCUCUGCAGAAGCUGCGCAGGCUACUCUGAGCGAUGCCCUGUUCAAGGCUUGGUCCGACUCCGAUCUGAAGAAGUUCCUCGAUGAGCACGGUGUCAAGGUGCCCCAAGGAUCUCGCCGCAAUGAACUCGUGGCUCUGGCGAGGAAGCACCGCGCCUCUCUGGUUAGCCAGGCUUCGGAGGCCUCUGCCACCAUUUCGUCCACCGCUACUCAGAUCAUCGGAGCCGCUACCUCCAAAGCUGGUAACGAAUACGGCAAAGCCACCGAUGUUGCCGAGUCCAAGGCCCAAGAUACCUUCGAUACCGUAAUUCAAGGCUGGUCCGACUCGCGCUUGAAGGCUUUCCUCGAUGCGCGCGGAGUUCCCGUUCCUCAAAGCAACAAGCGUGACGAGCUCCUUGCUAAGGUGCGGCUCCACAGCCACAAGGCAGCUACUGGCUGGUCUGCUUGGACCUUUGAUACUUGGGACACCGAGCAUUUGAAGAAGUACCUGUCCUCCAUGAAUGCCAAGGCAGCCCACCGCGCCGACAUUACUCGCGACGAGCUUGUCAAGCAAGCCCAGGAGAACUACGCCAAGGCAUCCAAAGCCGGAGGCGCAAACUUCGCAUCGGCCACCUCAUACAUGGCGCAGGCCACCGAUGCAGCCAAGGGUUCCGCCUUCGACACCUGGACCCAUUCCGAUCUCAAGGCUUACCUUGACUCGUACGGCAUCCCGGUCUACCAGGGCUCCGGAAUCAACGAACUCCGCGCCGCUGCUCGCCGCAAUGCGGAAUACUUCCGCUAUGGCACUUCGUCUCCUUCGGGAACCAUCUUCGCUAAGAUGCAAGAGGCCGGCCAGUGGCUUCUGGAUCAGCUGAAGAUCGGCGCGUCCAGUGGCCGUGCCCAGGGUCAGGAAGCCGCUGAGAAGGCCAAGGCUAAGGGGUCUGAGGCUGCUGAGAAAGCCAAGGCCCAGGGAUCCCAUGCUGCCUCGAGCAUGCGGGUCGAGCUGUAA